AUGUGUACCGCUUGAAUUUAUGCCAGAUUAGGAUGUCUUUCACAGCCACCAGAAGUGAUAAAUGGCAAUGAGAAGAUGUUCAAGAUGAGUUGCAGUUGCUCAGAUAUAUGUGGAAGUUAUGAAAGACUGCAAAUUUGGACUACAGUAUAUUAGAAACCAGGAAUUCGCUGCGAUCAGAAAAUUCCACUCGACAGUUGGAAUACACUUCCUUUGAAGCUGCUCUCGCAAGCGUAUUCAGCAGUGUACGGGCUACCACGUCGCAAUACUACAGCUAGCGUACGACUUGAGACCACAUUCCAGAGGACGUACACAGUAAGGACAGUGGUGUUUAGAUCAAUCAGCCUCCUUUCGUUGAGGUGGUGCUCAUAAUGCGCACAUUCCACAUUCUGCGAGCUCCGCGAGCCUUACCAGACCGAGGCAUGAGUUACUGACCGGUCACCAAAUCAUCAUCAUCAUCACCACCAUCGCCAUCAUUAUGGGUUGUCCGAUUGACUCCCGCUCUAUGGAUCUGCAUGCCCGCCCGCCUUCCUUCCGACCCGCCGUCCCGCUCAGAUCUCACCGAUUCCCAGCCCCAGCACGCGAAACUUGAGAUCGCGGGCGGGCGGCCCGGUGACGACGGGUAUUCACUGCAGGACGGGUAUUCAUUCGGGUCGUUGCGUCGAGGUCAGGGGACAUUUCUCGUCGGGCCUCGCCCCCCACAGUUUCCCCCUCAACGGAAUAUUCAUAGAUGACGUAGCUGACGUAGCGACGGAGAGAGGCCAUCGCGAACAACCGAGAGGCCCUACCGAUCGCCACGUGGAGGCCAACCGGGCAUCCGCAAAGCGCGAGCGGGAGAGCGGAAGGGAGGAUGGAAAACAUGUCGACGCAGUUUCGACUGCGUACGUGCCGGGCCGUCGUGGGCUGGGAUAUCGUCAAUCACAGUCAGUGGAUUCGACAUCGGAGAGCAACUACGGACGCACCUCACGCGACGCUGUAGCGGCCGCCACCGCCACCGCCAGGUGGCUGGCUGGCUCACGAGGGACUUUGUAGCACCUCGAAGAAAAUGUGCCCGGAGUCCUUCCUUCAUCGACGUGCACGUUCGAGGGAAGGGACGCAGUUCGGCAGCGGGCGACCGUGUCACGCGGAGGCAGACGGCGAGAGAGCGACCGAGUUGCGGAGGAGGAGGAGGAGUCGGGAACGGCGAGCACGAACCGAUGAGGCGAGCGGGAGGGAGGGCCGUGGACCGAGUCGUCGCCCGGGGUGGAAUUGAUUGAUCACGAGUAGGGACUCGCGGUCUCUGCGGGCCGCAUGGAACGAAAGUUGCGCUGGAGAUGCCGUCAGCUGAUUAGCCCGAAGGAAAUCCGGGCGGUACAGGGCGCUGCUGUAGGCAGGCCGAGCGGCCUAGGGGAGGGAGGGCGAGUGAUGAAAACCACGAGCGGGGAACACUUCUCAUGGUGGAGAACUUUCUUGCCAGAGAAUUUGGAUUGAGACGUACGCCGCGACAGAUCCUCCCUCCUUCGAGUCUGAAUCUCGUGAGCGGGGAGAUCUAUCCGGUCCACGGUACUGAAUGACAGAUUUAUGAGAGGUCGAGAUCCGAAUUAGCUGCUGGUCUGGGCUGUCGCGGCUGUGCGCUCGGCAAUUUAUGCUCGCAGACUGUCGAAGCUUUCAGUGUCAGCCGCCGACGUAGCAAGUCCACGAGACUCCUGACCAGCUGAAGGCUCAGGGCACAGAAAGGACUCCACUGCCGUGAUACAGUCGAGAAAAACAUCCCCUCUGCUCGACCAGCCGAUAUUCCAGAAUGGGGCAGGAGAGAGUGAACGGGUCGGGGAAGAUGGAAAUUGCGGCGGAGCAGAAGAAACGAUUUGGCUGCGUCGACUGGUUCUGCAAUGGAACUGGCAAGGUUCACGCAGCGCUCAUGAUGAUGCAACUCGGAUUCGCCGGUCACCAAAUUUUGAGCAGAGUUGCGCUGACCAGUGGGCUGAGCCAAUUCGUUUAUGCUAUCUACCGUAAUGGGCUUGCUUUGAUCAUUAUGGGCCCCUUUGCCUACGUCCUGGAAAAGAAGGACAGACCGCCCAUGACUCUCAAAUUGAUGUACAGAUUCUUCCUCCUUGGGUUGACAGGAAUCGUUGGAAGCCAACAGCUUUUUCUUGCGGGUUUAAUCUACACUUCAGCAACAUUCGCUGCCACGAUGCAAAAUGCAGUGCCCGUGAUCACGUUUCUCAUGGCAAUGAUGUUGGGACUUGAAAAGGUGCGGAUUGGCAGACUCGAUGGUCAGGCCAAGGUGUUGGGAACUGUCGUAUGCGUUGCGGGUGCAAUUCUGAUGUCCGUCUACAAGGGACCCGCCGUGUAUCAUGGCUGGGCGAAAGAAGAUGGCAACGAAGACCUCCACAAACUUGUUGGCCACUUUUUGGGUUCCCAUCUCGUUCGAUUUGGGAUCUCCCAGUGGCAACUCGGUGGAAUCUUGCUUCUCAUCAACUGUAUCUCUUGGGCUGCAUAUUUGAUAAUGCAGGCUCCGAUCCUGAAAGUUUGUCCGACCCCGUUGACGAUCACCGCCUUCACGUAUUUCUUUGGUUCCUUGCAAGUCGGAGUUUUAAUGUUCAUCGUAACGGGAGGAAAAAUUAACUGGUCUCUUUCGUGGGGCGCACAAGCCAUCAGUGUCGCGUACGCUGGUGUUAUAUCGUCGGGUAUAAACUUCUCCCUGCAGUCGUGGGCUAUCCAGAAGGGUGGGCCUCUUCUCGUAUCACUGUACACACCCGUGCAGACGAUCAUUGUGGCCUUCCUGUCCGUUCUUCUACUUGGCGACUCCUUGUAUUUGGGCAGUCUUGUUGGAGGUUCAGGAGCAGUUUUGGGGCUAUACCUGGUGACAUGGGGGCAAGUGGAACACCGGAAGAGAGAUGCAUUGGAAAUUGCAGCAGAAACCAAGAACGAAGAUCUGGAAGCUAGCGCUCAUCCACACUUUCCCACAUCUGUCUCCUCACUCACCCAACCUCUCCUGAACGACCAACAUGGAGAAGAUCGAGAUCAGAAAAUUAAGUACUAGACUUACUUUGAAACCAUGAUUGGCUGGACCCUCGAGUUUCAACGAGAUAUGCAACUGGGCAUGGCGAGAAACUUGGCAAAUAAGAUAAAAGAAUCUGAAAAAAUCGAUAUAAAUGUGGUCGACUCAUUGAGUGACAGAUAGUUCACAUUCUUGGAGCACGGGUCGAGCUCUCGAGUAGAAAAAAAGUGCGGCCAUAUGGAAUGUACUCUAGCUAAACAGCAAGAUACCGACGAGCGCCCCAGGUACAGUACAUUCCUAGUGGAAAGCAUGCUUUAGAUACAGAAUCCCCAUGACAUUUCACAUGGUAAAUUUUUUCAACAAAGCUGCUCCAGCCUCCCAGCACCUAUUUAAAGGUUACAUCUGACCUUGGGAGGAGUGUCAUUAUCUCGAAUCAUUGAGUAUUCCAAUAUCAAGAGGCCUCGUCUCUCACCUUCUGGGGAAGUUCUUCUACAAUUCUACAGUCCGUCCUCCGUCCACGUUGGAGCUUUUACUGCU